AUGGUCGUCCGCAUUCGCCUCGCCCGCUUCGGUAACAAGCACAAGCCUUUCUACAACAUUGUCGUCGCCCAAGCGCGAUCGGCUCGCAACUCGAAGCCCCUCGAAGUCAUCGGAACGCUGAACCCUAUCCCGCAACGACCUACGAACCUGUCCGACGAGGAGGCACGCAGCGCAAGACCAUACAAGGAGAUCUCGCUAGAUAAGUCUAGGGCGAAGUACUGGCUUGGUGUUGGGGCGCAGCCGAGUGAUACGGUUUGGCGGUUAAUGAACCUGGCUGGCCUCAUCAAACCGAAGCCAGAGCCUUCGAAAAUGCAGUAA